AUGACAGAUAUAGAAAGCUACCUUAAACAAUUUGGAGAUGAUAAGAAAGCAAUUAAAGUAUUUUGGGCAAGAAAUCCAGAGGUCAAUUGGACAUUCGUUGUAGACAAGAAUAAUACGGUGGCGGAUUUACUAGAGAACAGCCAAGUACCAGAUGGUUACUACUUGUAUCUCUAUGAGAGAAAGAAAAACCAAGCCAAUUCUACUUCGCCAGCCUAUUUCGUUAUUGACCAAAGCAGAAAGAAACCAUCCAAUAAGUUGUGUGGUGCCACCAAAUUACAAUAUAAACCAAUAAGUGAAUCUUAUAGAGCAUGUUCAUUUCGAACCUAA